UGGACUCCGGGAAGGGGCGCUCUCAGGGAAGUAAACCGCGUUGCAAGCGCGUCUUUCAGCCUCACCUGCCUCUGCAUCUGCUUUGCACCUGCAGCUUCGCCUUUCCCCAGUAGGGCUGACGCUGACUAGAAGGGUGACGGGGGGCGCCUGCUCGCGUCGUCAUGGCCUACCCGGGAUACGGAGGAGCGUUUGGAAGUUUUAGUGGUCAGAUGCCAGGAAUGCAGAUGCAAAUGGGACAGCCAGUGCCAGGAACAGGGCCAAACCUGCUGCGUGGUGGAUACCCAGCAUAUUCUGAUAGUUAUUCCUCAGUGGGAGACCCCAUGUGGACAUACUUCACUGCUGUUGCUGGACAGGAUGGUGAAGUGGAUGCUGAGGAACUUCAGAAAUGUUUGACGCAGUCUGGAAUUAAUGGAACUUAUUCUCCCUUCAGUUUGGAAACCUGCAGAAUUAUGAUCGCCAUGUUGGAUAGAGAUUACACAGGGAAAAUGGGAUUUAAUGAAUUCAAAGAACUUUGGGCAGCUCUUAAUGCCUGGAAGCAAAACUUCAUAACUAUUGAUCAAGACCACAGUGGCACAGUGGAACAUCAUGAAUUGAAUCAAGCCAUUGCUGCUAUGGGUUAUAGGUUGAGUCCUCAAACAUUAACUGCUAUUGUUAAACGGUACAGCAAGAAUGGCCGAAUCUUCUUUGAUGAUUAUGUUGCUUGCUGUGUGAAGCUUCGAGCAUUGACAGAUUUCUUUAGGAGAAGAGACCACUUGCAACAAGGGGUUGUGAAUUUUGUAUAUGAUGAUUUUUUGCAGGGUACUAUGGCAAUUUGAAUGUCUAGAAUUUGAAAGCUGAAGAAACACUGUGAAUUUUUUUACCUGGAAGAAAUGAACUGGACUACUUUGAAUUUGAAGCUUUGGGGGCUUUUCUAUGUUUCUCCUUGUUAAACCUGUUCUCUUUCUAUGUGUUUUUACUUUAGUGCAUAGUUCAAAGCAAUAAAAGAAGUGCUUUUGUAUUUGGAAUAUUAAUUGCUUUUAGAAAAGUUAUCACUUAACAGGUAUCUGUAUGGUAUCCUAAAAUAUUGGUAUAUGAUGAAUUGAUAUAAAUACCUUUUAACUUUAAUUUUUAAUAUUGUUAUCCCAGAAGAAUGUACUUACAAGAGACUAUAUAAGAAGCCAAAUAAUGAAAGUCUAGAUAAAGCUAAUGUAUACUUACCAGAAGGUUACAAAUUAUACUUUGAAAUUUUGUUUGUAGUCAUUGGUUGUGAAAGGAAGCUAGAAGGAGAAGCCUGGAUUUUGUGCCAUAUUUGUAAGAGAGUUUAUUCCUUGAUCACAUAAUUCAAGAACAGAAACUCACUGGUCUUUGUCUAUGAAGAGAGAAAGUUCCUAAAAUUUUAUGUUACAUCACCUUAGGUGCACCAUAAAUUAACCUAUAGAAAUAAGGCUACAGGAGGCAUUUUUUUUCCUUUGUUUUUGU